AUGUCGAAUUCUGUGAACAGGCCAGCCCCCGUGACUCAGAGGAACAAAGUCCCGUUGGCUCAAUCGGCGCGCAAUGCGACUCAUGGGGAUCCUGCAAACCCAACCGGAGAAGAUGCUUCCGGUGUCACGAAAUCGCAGAUCGGUUCCGCUCGUCGUUCACUCGCGAAACCGUCGGUCAGUCCCACUGGCUACAAGCGGCCAAUGUCCGCAGCCGCAGGAUCCGCGAUGAAGCUCGAGAAUCAAUACGCGAUAAAAAAGAAACGGUACCAGUUGAUCAAGAAGGACUUGAUGGACAAACAGAAAGUAGCUCAAGAUCUGUACAACCACAUGAGCCAGCUGCGCGAGCAGGUGAUCGCCAGCGGUGCGAAGGAUCCUGGGAAGCUGGAGGACCUGAAGGUCGAGAUCGGAGGGCCCAAGCAGCAGCUGACGAUCAUCGAGCCAGUCGCGGAGAACGAGCAGCCGGAGAGCUGCGUGGAGAACAUGGCCGUCUGCGAGGAGUUCGUCGACAACCUGCAUCGUCAGCUGCAGGAGAUCCCGAGGAAGUCGCAGAGCUUGUGUAGGGAGCUGCUGAACAAGCAGUCGGAGUUCGUCGCCUUCGUGGACUCUCGAUUGAAAGCCAGCGUCGAGGAGAACGAGGAGGGAAACUCGUUGGUACAGGUCGAGGCGCAACUGGAAGUCCACAGGAAGGAUUACGAGAGCUUGCAGGCGUGCAUGGAAGACAUUAAAGAGAUGGAAACGAAGACCGUGGAGGAGAUACUGAAGAACGUGAGGAACAUGGUGGAGGAGUUCGAGGACCAGCGAACGAAGCUGAGGGAGUUGAAGGGCGUGGGAGGGCAAAGGGAGUUGCAGUCGCAGUUGAACGCCACCCUGGAGGAACUGCAGGCCGAGCGAGAGAGGAGCAAUCAGAACAAGGAGCGUCUGCGACAAACGGAAGUCCAGUUGCAAAAGGCGCGAGCCAAGAUACGAGAGCUGGAGGCGCACGUGGCCAACGACGAGGGAAAGAUCCAGAUGCUGCAGGCGAACGUGAAGAACCUGGAGAACCAGGUCAGACAGAAGGAACAGUCGGUGGAUAUGAAAAUGAAGGAGAUGCAGAGAACGAUCAAGAACAGCGAGGCCCUCGUCUUCAAGGUCGAGAAACAGCGGGACAGCUACGAGUCACGAUUGGUGGAGUUGAAGGAGAAGAUGAGCAGCAAAGAAAACGAGACGAUGAACAAGAUCAAAGAGCUGUCCGAGAAGCUGGACGCGGUUACGGCUGAAGUUGCAGCCGAGAGCGAGAAAAGGCAGGAAGCCGAGGAGGCGCUCAGCGAACUGGAGGAACGGUACAAACAACUGGAAGAGAAGAGCAACCAGUUCUGCGAACUCGCGGAGAGGAAUAAAGACUUUACCAUCACGGAGGGUAGUCAUUCGGAGAACGAAGUUCGGUUGUUCAACGAGCUCCAAGCAGCAAGGGCGGAAGUGGAGAUGCAGAAGGAGAUGUUGGCGCAGCUACAGCAGGAAAAGGAAGAGAUCGUGGCGGUGAUGCAUCAAGCGGCCAGUAACGACGAAGAGGACGACACGAGGGAGAAGCUGGCAACGGAGCUGGUCUUCAAAAACAACGAACUCAAGAACUUGAAGAUGCAAUACUGCGAACUGAAAAAGGUCGCAAAAAACGCCCAAGAAAGAAAUGGGACCUUAGAAAAGCAGUUGAUAGAGAUCCAGACACUCCUUCACUCCCAAUCGAGGGAAGGUGGAAAAGCUGGUCUAAGCGCCCACACGAUCGAGCUUCAACAACAACUUUCCGAUCUCCGUAAUCAUUUGGCUGGUGUUGUCCAGCAGAAAGAGGAGCUGGAAACCGCGUUGACCCAAAAACAACUGGAGUUGGAGCAGCGCGAGUGCGUGAUGCGCGAGCAGAACAAGUUCCUUAAGGCCAGGGACGAGUUGCUCAGCAUGAUGAAGGGCAAGGUUGAUCAUGAAAACACCGACUCGUCGAACAACGACGAGAACAACGAGUACACUGAAAAGGUACACGAAAAGAUUGCUGCGAAGACAGAGGCGAUCCACGAGCUGUACUCGUCUCUGCAAGCCAAGCAGAUGCAGAUAAUGCGUCUGGAGAAGAUGGUGAAGCUGAUGGAGGACCAGCAGGACCGUGCCCAAGCUCAACGAACGCGUUUGGAGAACCGCAUCGCCCAACUGGAGCUCGCUCUGCAGAGGAACAAAGAACAGCGGGGUAAAGGCUUCAGCAUCCUGUAAGGAACUUUCUUAAGGUGGUUCAA